AUGGCAGAUAACACAACCACCAGUACUCCACGUGGCUCUGGCCGACACCCAGUUUACCGCGGAGUGAGGCGUCGCAACAGCAGCAGCAGCAAGUGGGUGUCGGAGAUACGAGAGCCCAGAUCCCCAAACAGGAUUUGGCUAGGUACUUUUCCCACUCCAGAGAUGGCAGCAACCGCAUAUGAUGUGGCCGCGUUGGCUUUAAAGGGGAAACAUGCCGAGCUCAAUUUCCCCGGUUCUGCUUCCUCCCUGCCAAUUCCGGCAUCAAAUGCACCUCAAGACAUUCAGGCGGCAGCUGCUUGUGCGGCGGCGGCUGCCGGAGCAGCCGCCGAUGCAAUCGUGGCUGCAGGUUCAAGAGAGAUGGAAGAAGAUCAGCCAAUUAUAGAUCAUGAUGAGGCUGGUAGGAGUAUUGGAAGAGAUCAUGAUCAGUUUGUGGAUGAGGAUUUGAUAUUUGAUAUGCCUAAUGUGAUUAUGAACAUGGCUGAAGGGAUGCUUCUUAGCCCUCCAAGGUUUACUUCUGGUAGUCCGUAUGAUGAUGACCAUCUUGAUCAGUCUACUCUUGCUGAUACUACUGCUCACCAGACACUUUGGGAUUUCCCUUGA